AUGGCCGAUCGUUUAGUUGAAUUGAUAAUCAACGUUGCUUUAUGGACGGUUCAGGGCAUAUGUAUUGUUUAUGAAGCCAAAGAAAGAAGCAAAUCACGACACGAAUCAUCAAGUCAUGAUCUAUCUAGAAGGUCAUUGUCCGAAUUAUCACCAAUUAGUCCAUAUCCACGAGCAGUACUCAUUGCAUCAAGUUCAAUUAGAUUUGGUAAUGAUUGUGAACGUCUUGUUAAUAUAGCAUUUCAAACUAGUCAAACUUUUCCUACAAUGAUGAGUACUUGUGCUGAUGUCAAUGAAUAUUUAUGUAGAGAACUUACAAAACAAUAUCCUGAUGAAUGUUUUCAUAUUAUUAUUGGUGAAAAUCAUCAAUUUGGUUUCUCUGUUGAUGAUGGUCAAUAUUUUGCAGAAAUUGAACAAGAUCGAUAUCGAGUAUUGAUAUUUGCAACUAAACAACAUUCACACACAAAAUCGAACACACAUGAUGCUAAUAGUCAAAUGAUACUCAAAUGGAAUUAG